ACAAUUGUAACCAAGGCGGUUAAGUCAUAUAUUGACACCGUUUUGUUUUGAGUGUACGUAGUAUCUAAAUAUGUUUCUAACACCACGUUAUUUGCACGCAUGCAUGGAGUAUGUACAUAUGUAAAUAUGUAUUAAGAGAUUCAACCAACUCAUUCAUCCCAAAUCAUGUUCACGUUAAACAGAUCAUCACUCCGAUGAUCUCACAGCGAACAGCAACACGUAUGUAAUCAAUUGCAAUGGUUUUAUUGAAAAAGGUCAAUCAGAACCUGUUUCAGGAUCAGCUGGAGUGUUUAUGUAGCAACAAGUGUACUUAUAAGUAAAAGUUAAUCAUUGUUAAUAAUUGCAGAAAAUUGAAACCAAAAGAAGUUAAUAAAAAAAUCAAACGUUGCACACUGUUAAAAAUCUAUUACUUAAAUAUAUGUAGUAAUUGAUUUCUCGGUGUUAUAAUUGCUACCGUUUUGUUUUCUAAUUCCGGACUAAUUUAGAUAACUUUGCAACCGAUACAUAUGGUAAAACUGUAAUACUGGGCUAUUUCUAUGUACAUAUUUGAUAUUACCAAACCCAAUGUAUAAAUAGGACUACUGUUCGGUAUUAUUUUAAUACUGGAGUUCUAAAAGUGUACAAAUCCAGAAUUGUAAUUUCAAUUCGUAAUUAGAAUUUUUAACGUUAUACGUACAUAAGUAGUCGAAUUUUACGAAUCGCGAUACCUCAUCAAUGGAAGAAUGUCCAAUAUGUUGCAACGAGUACGAGCCGAAAUCAAGUCUCUGGGUGGAGCUCACCUGUUCUCACAAAUUAUGUACGUCAUGCCAUUCGAAAAUUCAAACUACCCGCACCACCAUGUCCGGAGAAACGCAUACCUUUUCAAAGUGCCCGUUUUGCCAGGCCUUGACCGGAAUUGAGAUUGGCACGUGUCCCGACGGGCGAAUGACGGUUAGAGAACAUCGGUCACGUUGCGCCGGAUUUGAGGGGGUGGGCACGAUCCAGAUCAACUAUUCGGUCCAGGGGCAGUAUUCACUAAAUAGGACGGCGUUCCUGCCAAACAAUGCGGAAGGCCAGAGAGUACUUAAUCUUUUAAGGACGGCGUGGGAUCGAAGACUCUGUUUCGCGAUUGGGACAAGUGUCACGACCGGAGCGAGGAAUGUGCCAGUUUGGAAUGUUCAUCAUAAAACUGCCAUGUUUGGAGGGGUGUCAUGCCAUGGAUAUCCGGAUCCCCGGUAUUUUGAGAGAGUUACGAACGAGCUGAAAUCGUUCGGGGUAGAAUGAACUUUUACGACGGAGGAGGUUUGCAAAUAAUAAGCUUGCCUCAUAAAAUUGCGAUAAGCCUAUACUUGUUCAAAAAUAUUUAUUCAUUCAAAAUUAAUUCUAAUAAAAAAUUUCCAUGAUUUGUUUAAAAUUUAA